GACAAUUUGUUUAUUGUUAUCAUUUGACGUUUGUACAACGUUUACAUGGUUUACAUACAAAUAAUUAUCAUAAUUAUCAAUACGUAUACAAUAAAGUUCGUGAAAGGGUAAAAUAACAAAAGAAACAAAAAUUCAAUAAGAUAUUUUUUGUUGAAACACCAACAAAAAUAGGGAGAAAUGGAAGAUUCGUCAGAAGACGUUUAUAGGUUAGAAGGCUCGCAAAAUGAAACUGGUGGUUUAAUUAUUCGUAAAAAGGCAUCGGAUCAUACAUUUAAAAAACCUCAGACAUCAGCAUUGGGUCUUGAUAAAUUGGCUGAAAAAAUACGUAGUGAAAAAGAGAAGAAAUAUCGUGCACCCCAGGAGGAGACACCAACUUAUACUGCUGGUGUUAAUCGAGAAGCUAGAGAACGUUUGGAGUCACGAUUAAAACGACAGAGAUUACAUGCUCACGAUGAUGAUCGCUAUAAGGACAGAGAUAGAAAUCGUGACAGAAAACGAAGUGACGAUAGGGAUUAUCAUCAUCGUCGGCAUCGUGAUUACAGCAGUAGAAGUAGCAGUAGUCGUGACAGUUCACGACAAACGCCACGAUUUCGCGAUGAACCCCAAACACCAAAAUACAGGGCAAAGGACACGACAUCGAGAAGUAAUUGGGAUGAUGACGAUGAUGAUGGUGAACCUCGACGUUCUACUUGGGAUCAUCCGACACCUCAACUCUAUGGAUCACGAAGUAAAGAGGGAAAUAGUGUCAGAAGUGAAUUUACACCUUCUUAUAAAUAUAAUGCCUGGAGUAAGGACAAAAAACAUUCGGGCGCAACGCCUAAGGUCGAGGACGAGGAUAAAGAAUAUUGGGAAGAAGAACAAAAGAGAUUGGAUCGCGAGUGGUAUUCCCUUGACGACGGCGAGACGCAACAUUUCGGAGGCGUAUCCGAGGAGUACACCCAAAAGAAAGAAAUGGAACAAGAGGCACGUCGCAAAAAGCGUAUAUCAGCCCAACAGCGUCAAAUAAAUAAAGACAAUGAAUUAUGGGAACGUAAUCGAAUGCUCACAUCAGGUGUCGUUUGCUCUCUCGACAUUGACGACGAGCCAGACGACGAGGCCGAGGCCCGUGUUCAUCUCCUCGUUCACAACGUUGUGCCACCAUUUCUCGACGGUCGUAUCGUAUUCACAAAGCAACCCGAACCCGUUGUACCCGUCCGCGAUCCAACCUCCGAAAUGGCUCAAACCGCUCGCAAAGGUUCGCCCCUAGUUCGCGUCUAUCGCGAGCAAAAGGAACGUCGCAAGGCCCAAAAGAAGCACUGGGAAUUGAGUGGCACGCAAAUCGGCAACAUUAUGGGCAUCAAGGACAAGCGUAAGGAGGAAAUGAAAGACGAGCAACAGACCGAUGUCGAUUUUAAAUCGGGGCAGAAAUUCGCGAAGCAUAUCAGCGACGACGGUGGUGUGAACAAGUAUCAUAAUAUUCAGAAACAACGGCGAACUUUGCCGAUAUUUGCCGUGAGGCAGGAGUUGUUAUCGAUUAUCAGGGAGAAUAGUAUUGUGAUUAUUGUCGGCGAGACUGGAAGUGGAAAGACGACGCAAUUGACGCAGUAUUUGCACGAGGAGGGUUUUAGUGCGAAUGGAAUAAUUGGUUGUACGGUGCCUAGGCGUGUGGCGGCGAUGUCCGUGGCGAAGAGAGUUUCGGAUGAGAUUGGAUCGACGCUUGGCGAAAAAGUGGGAUAUGCGAUUCGUUUUGAGGAUUGUACGACGAAGGAGACGGUUAUUAAGUACAUGACGGAUGGUAUUUUGCUGAGAGAGAGUUUGAGAGAGGGAGAUUUGGAUCGGUAUAGUGUUAUUAUAAUGGACGAGGCUCAUGAGCGAUCGCUGUCGACUGAUGUACUUUUUGGUUUGUUGAGGGAGAUUAUCACUCGACGAUACGAUUUGAAAUUGAUUAUAACAUCGGCGACUAUGGACUCGAGUAAGUUUGCCGCAUUCUUUGGCGAUGCGGCGACAUUCCACAUUCCUGGACGAACAUUUCCGGUGGAGAUUAAUUACUCGAAGAAUCCGGUCGAGGAUUAUGUUGAGGCGGCUGUUAAGCAGGUGCUGCAGAUACAUUUGCAACCGCCAAGGGGGGAUAUUCUGGUUUUUAUGCCCGGACAAGAGGAUAUUGAGGUCACUUGCGAAACACUUAAAGAUCGGCUAAUGGAGAUUGAAACAGCUCCUGAUUUAUCGAUUCUUCCGAUUUAUUCCCAACUCCCGUCGGAUUUGCAGGCGAAGAUUUUCCAACAAUCAGAGGAUGGAAUGCGAAAAUGUGUGGUUGCGACGAACAUCGCGGAAUCUUCUUUGACUGUCAAUGGAAUUGUUUUUGUCAUUGAUUCCGGUUAUUGUAAAUUGAAAGUCUAUAAUCCGAGGAUUGGUAUGGACGCACUGCAGGUGUAUCCGGUGUCGAGAGCUAAUGCCGAUCAACGAUCUGGAAGAGCUGGCAGAACGGGUCCGGGACAUUGUUUUCGUUUGUACACGAGAAGGCAGUAUUUGGAUGAAUUAUUAUUUACGGGAGUGCCGGAAAUUCAGAGGACAAAUCUGGCGAAUACGGUAUUGCUUCUAAAAUCGUUGGGUGUUCAAGAUUUAUUGGCAUUUCAUUUUAUGGAUCCACCGCCACAGGAUAAUAUUUUAAAUUCACUUUAUCAAUUGUGGAUUCUUGGGGCUUUGGAUAAUACGGGACAAUUGACGCCAUUAGGUCGACAAAUGGCUGAAUUUCCACUUGAUCCACCGCAAUGUCAAAUGUUGAUCGUCGCUUCGCAACUUGGUUGCACUGAGGAAAUUUUAAUCAUUGUUUCCAUGCUCUCGGUACCGUCAAUUUUCUACCGUCCAAAGGGCCGCGAAGAGGAUUCCGACUCGGCGCGGGAGAAAUUUCAAAUUCCAGAAUCAGAUCAUUUGACGUAUUUGCACGUCUAUAAAUUAUGGAAGCAAAAUAAUUAUUCGGCAAUGUGGUGUAAUGAGCAUUUUAUUCACGCGAAGGCAAUGCGCAAAGUGCGUGAGGUGCGUCAACAAUUGGAGGAAAUUCUCAAGCAACAAAAAAUGGAAGUCGUUAGUUGUGGUACCGAAUGGGAUAUGGUGAGAAAAUGUAUUUGCUCAGCGUAUUUUCAUCAAGCGGCACGAUUAAAGGGCAUUGGGGAAUAUGUAAAUUGUCGUACGGGAAUGCCUUGUCAUUUGCAUCCAACGUCAGCACUUUUUGGCAUGGGUUUCACGCCCGAUUAUGUUGUGUAUCAUGAAUUGGUGAUGACAGCCAAGGAAUAUAUGCAGUGCGUGACUGCUGUCGAUGGACACUGGUUGGCCGAACUUGGUCCCAUGUUUUUCAGUGUCAAGGAAACGGGAAAGAGUAAUAUGGCUAAGAAACAUCGGGCCGAGCACGUCUCGGAAAUGGAGGAUCAGAUGAAGCAGGCCGAGGAGGAAAUGAAGGCGAGAGCGCAGAGGGAAUUGGAGAAGGAGCAAGCUUCAAUCAGAAGGCAGGAGAUUUUAACUCCCGGUCGAUGGGAACCUGGAACACCAGCAUCAAACAGAAGUCGAGGACGACUAGGCUUGUGAAGUCUUCUAAUAGUAAUUUUUAACUAAAUAUCAAGAAUUCUUUUGUUUUCGAUUCAUUACAUUAAUAAUUAAGUUGUUUUUUUUAGCAAAAAUGGAAAAUUAUUUCUAAUAAUUUAUAAUAAUUAAUUGUCUU